AGGCCAGUCAUGUAUCACUCAAGCUAGCGCUCAUCGAAUGAAGGUUAGGAAGGCGCCCUUCAAUUUGGGGUACAUUAACGGGGUGGGACGGCACCUUUAAAACAACACCAAUCCACCGACUGCCCAAAACAUAAAAACAUGGAUGGGCUUUUGGGGGGGUAGUGAUUUUCAUUCCUGAGCUCGACAUGACGACAUCUAAAUCAUGAGCUCGUUCUUCUGAAGAUCCUCGUCGUUUCUAGGGGUUCAUAUGUCAUAGGGUAAAAUUAGAAGAAGGGGAAUGAGUUGGUUGUUUACUCGUGUUCUCUGUUAAUUGACUUAAGUAAUGGAGAACAAGGUAGAUAACACUCUUUGGUAGGGAAGUGAACUUUGGCAGGCAAGAUAGCAAGGUGACAUUAAUGUUGCCCUGCAAGUGAUCUUUAUUCAGUCAAUCAUGGAGGCAAGUCGAGAAGGGAACCUGGAGGACAUCCAAUUUCGGUUUUUUCCCAUUUUCCCCACCCAAAUCAUCCCUCCUCAAGCGAAUGUCACUCAACCCUCGGUCACUCCGGAAGGACAGAAGAUCAUCGAAACCACCUAUCAGAUAAUUCUGCCCAUUACGGCUUCCAUUGGGAUCUUGGGCAAUAUUUCCGCCGUCAUUAUCUUGUUCUGGUUCAAAUUCAACAAUCGAUUCUUCUUCACUUAUAUGAAAGGCUUGGCCAUCACGGAUCUUGGCUAUCUCCUCUUCACUCUCCAGGCUUCUUUUUUGGUAUCUGAACACUUAUUCCUGGCCCUAGAAUAUCGCAAUCCCGAAUCUCAAGCCUUAACCAUUUAUGUGUGGAACGUAUUCUCCCCACUAUGGAACAUCUUUGGCUCCUCAUCAGAUGCCAUUAUCACUCUGAUGACUAUAGAUCGAUACUUCACCUUAGUCGGCAUGAUAAAGAAGCCCUGCCGGUCCCUAAAACCUAUGAACAACCGAUCCCUCAAGCCCAAAAUCCUCGUCCCAAUGGCCGUCAUAGUGUGUGCCUUGUUCCAUUUUCCAUACUGCUUCCAAUUUAAAGUUGUUCCUUGCAACGGAUUCGACCUGGAACUGAAUUUCAAUGAGACUUUGGCUGAUCCUGAGAAUACGAAUUGUUGGUCCCCAAUUCCCUCGAAAUUUGCCCAAACCAGUUUGUGGGUUGUGUUCUGCAUUCUGAAUCUAUUGGCCAUGAAAUUGGUGCCCUAUGCCUUGGUGACAACUCUCAAUGUUUUGAUUUUGGUGAAAUUGAAAAAAAUGCGGAACGCCCAUAAUGACCAAUUAAACCCGCCACCAUUAGCGGACAUCUCAAAGAGGAACAAUAAGCUGCCCAUCAAAACGGUGAGCUCGUCAAAAAGUGACUCAGGUUUAGAGUUGGAUACGUGGGUGGGAAACACUCUAAAUGCCCCUGGAACGAAUAAUGAGGAGGAACUAUCACAAAAUUUGGACCCGAGAGCUCCGACUCCGAGCGAAAUGACCAGGAAAUCUUUGUACGGACGGCAUCAUGGAUACCAGCUAAUGAAUAAGGAAACCAGAUUGGCCCUUCAAUUGGUGACGAUGGUGUUUUCCCACGUGUUCCUCACUCUGCCUCAGAAUAUCACGUACUUCUGGUGGACCCUUUUCCCGGACUCUUGGAACAAAGUGGAGAAUCGGAUUCUCUUUGAAAGCAUCUCAGAUGCGAUGUGUGGAGUGAAUUACUCGAUCAAUUUCUUUCUUUAUUGCCUGACCAACCGAGACAUUCGUUUCUGUCUCAAACGAAUCCGUCGUUGCAAUUGGAAACUGGAUUGAACAUGUUAAUGACUAACAGAAGUUUGGCAUACAUUAGAGUACAAUUGUGAUGUUCUCAGCCUCACCAUGUCAUGUCACUAAGUCCGUUAAAAUUGUUAAGAGCUAGAGGGGCUGUGGUGUAGCCAACUUCAGUGGUCCAAUCCCGGGUGGAGCAACUGAGCUAAGCCGCAAUAACUCCGAAAUCCUCUGGCCAAGGAGGCAUGGGAUUGUUAUUUGAAGUCGUUAGUCUAUAUCUACAAGGCAUGGCCGAUGGGGAGGGGACUAAUGUUGUUUCAGGCUGUUCCCAAUUGGGUCUUGGACCACAACGGGAUUCCAACUUGGAACAAUCCGCUUCAUAAAUCGUCUUUCAAUUUUCCCCCGGGGAUUGGAUCCGCUUUGGUGGGGCCUCCUCGAGGAAGGUCAAAUUCCCCAGUGGGACAAUUGCGGAUAAAUCGGGAGAGAACACAAUGAGGGAUAUCCUGCCCCAUAUGGGACCUCUCAAGACCAAGCCUGACCACGAGAGGCUAUUUAGGCACAAGCAAGCAGGCUUAAUGGGAGACUUCCCUCUGUCCAUCUUUAUGCUCACUGCAAGUC